AUGGAGGAGCAGCUGAAAGAAAUAGAAGGAUUGCUCGAGACUACGACCGAUACCGUCAAUUCAACACCACAGCAUCGAAUUAAAAAGUAUAUCAAACUCGUUUUUCCCCAUGUGGCACUGGUUGCUGUCGUAUGUCUUUAUGCAGUCAUUGGAGCUUAUAUCUUUUACAGAUUGGAAUCGCCAAAUGAAGAUCGGUUAAAAGCAAUAGGAAAAAACAAUAUAGGCGAUAUGAGGAUGCGUAUGCUUGAUCUUGUGAAACGUCGCGAUCAAUCCAAACGGGUAUGGAAAGACUCAAUAGAAGAAGAAUUAUAUAGGUUCAAUGAUAAAAUAUAUAAAGCUUUUAAAGAACAAUAUGUCCGGUAUCCGGAUGUUCGGGUAUCAAAUCUUCAUUUGGAUGCUGAUAAAGAUGAUCCGGAUAGAACGAAACGACAUAGGAAUACAAAAUCAAGAGCUGAUAGAGGUGAAAAGAUGUGGACAGCUAGUAGUGCUCUGUUCUUUGCUGCAACAACAAUGGCUACUAUUGGUUAUGGAAAUAUCGUUCCAGCUACCUCAUCCGGACGUAUAGCCUGUGUUGUCUUUGCGCUCUUCGGUGCACCAUUAGCUAUCAUAACCAUUGGAGAUUUGGGUAAAUUUCUCUCUGAAUGCACUAUAUGGCUUUAUAAACAAAUGAAGAAAGCAAAAAUCGUUAUAAGAACACGAUGGAAACGAUUACGUGGCUCUGCCAAAGAAGAUUGCGAAGAUCAAUCAGAUAAGUCAUCAACAUCAACGCUAGACUGGGAGGAAUUAGUGAUGGAUAAAACAGAAGUUCCUGUCCUCAUGGUUUUUACUAUAUUAUUACUGUACAUAGCGUUUGGUGGAGUUCUGUUCUCUUUCUUAGAAGGCUGGUCAUAUAUGGAUGCUUUUUAUUAUUCUUUCAUAUCGUUAACCACAAUUGGGUUCGGUGAUAUUGUACCGGAAAAUCAUGAUUACAUUGUUUUAAUGCUUAUGUAUCUUGGCAUAGGUUUAGCUGUAACAACUAUGUGUAUUGAUUUAGUCGGUAUUCAAUAUAUUCAGAAGAUUCACUACUUCGGAAGAAAGUUCCGUGGAACUGAUCUUCUGCAUUUAUUAAAACGAAAGAGAAUGAUAGAACGACGUCUAGCUAUGGGACAGGGCGAAGAAAUUCUUCAAAUGUACAUGCAACAAAUGCAACAACAUAUUCCUGAGACGCCUAUUGUUGAUGAAACGUUUGAAGAGAAAUGUCCUAGUCCAGAAUGGGCUAUAGAUGAUUCAAUCAUCAGAAGUCGGUGUAGUAUUACACUUCCUCAUUCAGAAAAAGUGCCUUCUCCUAAUGUUCUUUCUAUUCGAAGUUUCCGAACUCCUAGUUUGUAUAGUAAUUCUUCGGCCUCUGGAAGGUCUAUGAUGUAUAAUCGUUAUGGUUCGCGUGGCGCUUCGUGGGAUGAAUCGGGUCCAUCCCUUUCCGAACACUGCUCAUUAUCCACAGAGCCAUCUGUAUAUGCUAGACAGGCUUAUUGGGACAAUUAUCAAUCACCAGAUCCUUCAGUUACAUCUUUCGAAUAUGAGUUUCCCCUUCCAAGCCCGGAUUAUGCCGAAAUCGCUGCUGAGGUGCGGCGGUCGCGUCGUUUAUUAUCUUGCCCAGCCGCCCAUUUCGCCUGUCCUCCUUCAUCUGUAAGAAAAAGCUCCCUUCACAACUUUAUGGCUUGUGAAAAACAAGAGCUUGAACCGCUUUUUUCCCAGUCUCUCGAUAGCUUCUGCAUUUCCGAACCCUUUAUGUUAUCUAAAUUAGCUAUGCAAUGUGAUAUUAUGGAUCGAUUAGAAGCAAGCCUUUUGAGGUUCCAAUCUCCACGAGCUACCCAGCUUUCUGGAGAGCGGAUACCUUCGCCUGAUUUGCAUUACCCCAUAUUGACGAAUGUUCCCAGCGAUGCUGUGCAUGUACCACGCUUGUUUUUACCUCCAGAUUCUCAAUCACCAACAUCUCCAACAACAACAAAUAGAAGUACUCGUCGAUCUUCUUCUCGCUUCACUUUUCGCUCGACGUUGUUUCCUAUCCCGGAACGACGACCUUCUUCACACAUCGAAUCUCGCGAAGAAGGUCCUGAGCCUUUGUUGAAACGCAAAAAACGUGAACGUCUCGCAAAACUAUCUGAUCCUCUGCAUGAUGUUGAUUGGCUUAAUAUAUCUCCGAGGACUCGAGUCCUGAAACAGCUUGUUCGUGAUGAUCUUCCUACGCUAUUCGAUCAUGUUCGUCAAUCAUCUGGAUUAUCGUCACCUUCGGUUGCUUCUCCACGCGUUGUAGUAACUGAUUCUGCUAGCAGCUCUCCUUCCUCUGUUGUCCUUGUUAGUCCCAGAAACCCCAUCGGGUUAGCUUGCAUGGAAGAUUGGGAUUCAUAUAUUCAAAUGCUAGAAGAGUAUGAGAAGCCAUAUGAAAGAGGUCAAGCCAUUGUCGAGAUAAGACCGACGGAGCUUCGAAUUGAAACGUUGCCACUACUGUUUGGAUUAUCACCUGUUACAACACCUACCUAUCUUCUAUCGCCACCAAAAGAUUUUGCUCCAUCGCCUAUGCCAUCAGAAUCUUGUGCCAUGUCAACUACAACAUCUCCCAUGGAAGCUAUCUAUCAUCUUCCGCAAUCACCACCAAGCAUCUUUUCUGCUGAAGUUACAUCUUCAGUACAGCGCAUGGCACCCUAUAUAUCAUCUCCUCCACGCGCCGUAUCUCCGGCUGCUGUCAGUCUUCAUUCUCCAGCAACAUUAGUGCAUCCACCACCUGAAGUGCCAUCCAUAUUCUUGGAAUUGGAAGUGGAAGAUCAGCUGCAUAUGGAAGUGCAUGAAGACGAACUCUUAACUACAAGACGUAACAGUCAUGUAGCCGAUUUACCAUCAGAAGAAGAAAGUACCAGCGGCUUCGAUCUAGACCUUGGUGCUUUCGAGCUUGUUGAUUCCGGUCUUUCAGCAGAAACAUUGCUCAAUACAGAAGACCCGGUCAUUUUCCACCAAGAUAUGCCUGUACACUCCGUUCAUCAUGAUACGGUGCAGACAGAAGCAGCAUUAGCUAACUUGAUGUCUGCACCGUCAAGCAUGUUGACUGGAGCAAUUCCACCAACUAUGGUUGAGGAUAAUUAUUGCUUUGUGGUUGAUGGUGAACGGGUACGUAUGGGAGAUAUAUUGGGGGAUGAUCAAUGGUGGAGACAUACUUCACGUCCAACAAAGUAUUUCUAUUCGGAAGAUCUACGACAGUUUCACCGUGUUAAUUGUAUAACAGCUAAAGGCAAAGUCAUCACAGCCAAAUUAGCCAGUGGAACUUUACAAGUAAAUCAUCCGAUAGCUUCAUCCUCAUCUACACCCCGAUCAUCAGUUAGUGGAACAUCAACAAAGCCAUCCCAAACGAAUAAAGUAUCCUUAACACACGUCUACAAAGUUAUUCGAUUCUACUCAUUCUGGAAAACUUGUACAUCAUUUCAUCGUAUCGUUACAAUGAUUGAUAAGGUUUCCACUGAUGAUCGUAACACCAAUCCAGCAUUUAAAAAACGUCUCUUUGUUCAAUAUCUUUGGCGUAAUGCCAAAGCUGUUGAGAAAGCACGGGUACAAAAGGAAUUUGAUCCACGACGACAACGUCUAUUACGUUUCGUCACGGAUUCAGCUCAACGCAAGAGGUUUCAGAAGAUAUUUGUCGAAGAUGACACGUGUAUGUUUGCUGUUAUACUUGAUGAAUCUGAGAAUAUGAUGAGACGAGGAAAGCUUCAAAGAUUCAUGACAAUCGACAGCAGUUCCCGAGACGAAUCUGAAGAUUCCAUAAUCGAUUUCCCUGUUGAAGUAAAUGCUUGUCCUAUCAAGUUAUGCAAAUCAGUUCUGACAACAAGUGAUAGUGUAGAAGAGGAAAGGAACAUCCUAUAUCAUUAUGGAAAUUCAUGUGAACCUAUCCCCGUGUUCUCGGUUGAUGAGAAACCUUUGGAUGGACCAAGCACUUUGACCAACACUCUCAGAUGUCCUGUUAAAUACAUUAGCAAAAUUCCUCCAUCUAUGGUUGUCGACAACUUCUGUUUCAUAUGCGACGGUGAUGAGGUAUCCGAAGAUGAAAUACUCAGUGAUCAGCAAUGGUGGAAACAAACGAGUUGCUCAACAAGAUUUUACUCUUCUGAGAAUAUGACAACCUUCCAUCAGGUUACCUUACUCACAUGCCGAGGAGAAAUGAGAGGAGCUUAUCGAUCAAGAGCUCGUGGUGCGGGAAUUACGAGCGUUUCUCUCAAUCAGGUGUUCCGGGUUUCUCGCCAUUUCAGCAGUUGGAGGACAUGCACAUCGUUCCAUCGUAUAGUAUCAGUAAUCAGUCCUAUAACAGAAGAAGGAGAGAAUUCCAAUCGUUUCAAAAAACGAAUAUUCGUCCAAUACUUCUGGAGACAAGAAAAGCCAAAUGACCGUGAGACGGUAACGAGAGAAUAUUUGGAAUUCAAAAUGAAAUCUUCUCCGAGACAUAGUCUUAUCCCUCCGAGCACAUCACUCACAACGAGAAGCUGGUCUUCUCGUUCCCAUUAUCCAGGCUUAAAUCCGUACAAUUCGACAGCAUCAACGUCCUCCUUAACAUCACAUGAUUCGUUAUCACCAAGGGCACAAUCGCGUUGGAAUAUAUUGGGAAAAGCACUGAAAUUCAGUCGGCCACGCAUGAAAUCAUCUGCUGGCAUACCAUCAGCUUCAUCAUCAUCACAAAGUCCCAACAGCAGCAGCAUAAAUAAUAAUAAUAAUCCGGCUGCUAGUAUAACUAAGAGAUAUUCAGUUGAUGAUACAUUACGUCGUCAUAAUCAAACAGAUUCAUGA